GUUUUCCGUCGAAGACUUGUUGGUCUUUUUGCUGGUGGAAGGUGGAGACCUCGUGCGUACAAAUACAAUACCAUUUGCAGAUCGGAGCAGUAAAGUCGUGUGUGUGUGAGUGAGAGAUUUAUUUUUCAGGUGUGGUCAUUGAAGUGUGUGGUUUUCCUUUUAAUAACCUGUUAUACAGACAACAGCCUCAAAGAAUUUUGUAAUAAUAUAUGAAUGAAUAAUGGGGCGUCACAACAACCAACUUCCAGAUAACUUGCCGCAGCUUCAGAAUUUGAUCAAGCGGGAUCCUGCUUCAUACAAAGAAGAAUUCCUGCAGCAAUACCGACAUUACCAGUCCAUACUAGAUGUAUUUCGCCUUCAUCCUAGUGAAUUCAACAAGAGUCUUGAUGAUCUGGUUAUGUUCAUAGCUCAGGUUUCACAUUGUUAUCCAGAUGUUUUGUCAAACUACCCUCAGCAGCUGAUUGAUAUCUUACAAACGCAUCACUGCAUACUGGACAGUGCAAUGCGUAUGACUCUGUGUCGAGCCUUGAUAUUGCUGCGUAACAAAAAUCUGCUGACACCAACAGACCUGUUAUCACUAUUCUUUCAUCUGCUUCGAUGCCAGGACAAGGCAUUGCGCAAGUUCUUGGAGACACAUAUCAUCACUGAUAUUAAGAACAUGAAUACAAAGCACAAGAAUGCCCGUUUGAACACGACAUUGCAGAACUUCAUGUUCAGUAUGUUGAAAGACAGCAACUCCAAGGCAGCAAAAAUGUCUGUUGCCAUAAUGAUUGAGCUAUACAAAAAGAAUAUUUGGAAUGAUGCAAAAACUGUAAAUGUGAUUGCCACUGCCUGCUUUUCAAGAUUUACAAAGGUGAUGGUUGCAGCCCUGAAAUUCUUCCUUGGAUCUGACCCUGAAAAUGAGAAGAAUUCUGAUGACAGUGACUCUGAUAAUGAGCCGUCAACAAAGGAAGUACUAAUGGCUAACAGAGUUAAUAAGAAGACACGUAAAAGAGAAAAACAGCUGAAGAAAGUGAAGCAGCUUGUAAAAAAAAAGCAAAAGAAAAAAGGUUCUGCUCCUGCUUUCAAUUUUUCAGCUUUACAUUUGGUUCAUGACCCUCAAGGUUUAGCAGAGAAAUUGUUCCAGCAGCUGGAGAAGACAAAUGAGAGGUUUGAGGUGAAAAUUAUGGUAUUGGAUGUUGUGUCACGACUUAUUGGCCUGCACCAGUUGUUCCUACUCAACUACUACCCAUACAUCCAGCGGUUCAUGCAGCCACAUCAGAGAGAGGUAACCAAAAUUCUGCAGUUUGCAGCCCAAGCAUCUCAUGAAUUGGUGCCACCAGAUGUGCUGGAACCAGUUUUGAAAACACUUGUAAACAACUUUGUUACAGAAAGGAACUCUGCUGAUGUCAUUGCUAUAGGGCUAAAUGCUGUGAGAGAGAUUUGCAGUCGUUGUCCACUGGUAAUGAAUGAGGAUCUACUGAGGGACCUUGUUCAGUAUAAGAAUUACAAGGAACGUAGUGUCAUGAUGGCAGCACGGUCACUCAUCCAUUUAUACAGAGCGUCAAUGCCGGAGCUUUUGCAUAAGAAGGACAGGGGUCGUCCUACAGAAGCCACCAUAGAGCUGAAAUCAAAAAAAUAUGGAGAAGUUGAUGCUAGGGACUACAUUCCUGGGGCAGAAGUAUUGCUUCAAAAUGACACAGAGGGCACUUCUGGUUGUGUGAAGGAUGGUGAGGAUGAUUGCAGUAGUGAUGGUGAAUGGAUAGAUAUCUCACACAGUUCUGAAGAUGAUGCUGAAGAGGAAGUUGAUAUUCAAAAUAAGAUGUGUGGCAGGAAUAAAGCUGACCAGAAACAUGAUGAGGGAAUCAUUAUUGAUAAUGAAGAAGAAAAUGGUGACAGGAUGGAAGGAACCACAACUGCAAAAGAAAGAGAACCAUUGGACAAGAUCCAGCAGGCAGCCCAAGCUAGUCAGAUGCGGUUGCUAACAGAUGAAGACUUUCGGAAGAUAGAUGCAGCAAAGUUAAGCAAAGAGGUUACUGCUCUAAAAAGAGGCAAGAAGAGACCAGCAGAAGAAGAAACACACUCAAAGGGAGAGAUGGUAUCAUUAGCUGAUAUUGAGAACAUCUACAAGAAACGUCGUCAUGACAAACAAAUGAGGCAGGAGUGUGUAAAGAGAGGUCAGGAGGGCCGUGAGAAAUUUGGAUUUCAAGAUCGGCGACUAAAUCCACAUUCAAGCAAAACUAAUCGAGAGAAGAGGAAGACAAAGAACUAUAUGAUGUUGAAGCAUAAAGCACGAGGGAAACUGAAGAGAUCUUUCAAAGAAAAGCAGAUUGCUCUCCGGAAUCAUCUCCAGAGACUCCGAAAGAUGAAGUAAAUAGAUAUAUUUAAUGAAAUGUAACAUUAUACUGUAAGUAGGGUAAUAAAAUCUUAAUUACCAGAA